AUGGGCCCGAAAUCAGCCUCCACCACAUCCCCUAGGCGGAGAGGGCGACCGACUAGCAAGGAGACCACCACUACGAGCACGAAGACAGUAGCAGUCCCAAAAUCCAAGGAUAUCGCGGUUGCUGAGACAUCGUGUUUUGAUAGCGCGUUGAAGUUUACGCUGCUUACUGCUAGCAGCCUACUUCUCAGCAGCGCGCUUUUCUCUCUCAGCAUCCCAAUUACGAAGGGAGAUUUGGCAUGGACGAGUAAACGCCUGGAUACCUGGAAGGAUGUCGUGGCUUUGCUAUCAUGGCGCGUCCUUGAGCUAGGGAUUCCGUGGUUUUCAGGAUAUGAUGCGUGGGAUGUUUCGUGUUUUAUUGGCCUUAUUCACCUCCCAACAUAUUCGCUCUUACUAAAUUUCUAUAACAUUCGGCCCACGACGAUACUUACUGUUGCGGCUAUCACCACUCUAUCGUGUACAAUUCCGUUCUCCUACUUCCGCCCACUAAGUGCAGCUCACAGUGGCGGUGUCACAACUGCUAAUCGGGCGAUUCUCUCGGACCGCCUGACUACCAUCUACACCACGGUAGCUUCGACCCUUGUGUACACCCUAGUCUUGUAUCUCAGCUUUGCGACAUGGCUCCCGGUCCAUCUUGUCACUUACUUCACCGGGCUCCCUGAUAUUAGUGCAGCGCAUGCCGGCGCGAAGGGAUUCCUAUCCCUUUUCCUUAGCCUUCUACCCGCAGGAUAUGGAACGAGAGACCUUUUGUUCGUCACAUCAGCCAGCCAGCCCCAAGAAAAGAAAAUUGAGAAGAAAACGACACGUCGACGCCUUCGGUCAGCAGACUCACAGGUUGAGGAAGACCUGCAAGAAGAUUCCUGCAUCGCCUCGCUUUAUAAGAAAGCCUGGCUUGGAUUGUCUCCUAACCUCAGGGUUCUUAUAUCGCGAUCAGCAGUUUUGGCACUUAUGACCCUAGCCAACACCUUCGUGCAGCUUGGGGGCACAAUCAAUGGGGUAGAGCCUAAGGGUGCCUUGGGAUGGGGGGCCACUUGGUCACUCGCCACUCUUAUCAAUGCUGCUCUCUAUGGAUGGAUUCAAGAAGCGAACGGAAGAUAA